GCGGGAGCCGAGCGCCGCCGGUGCAGCCGCCGCCGCCGCCGAGGCUUCCGUCUCGCUCGCUCGCUCGCUCGCGCCGCGGCGGCAGCAGAGGUCGCGCACAGAUGCGGGUUAGCUUGGCGGGGGGAGGAGGCGGAGGAGGGCCGGGAGCUGCAUGCAUGAGACCCACAGACUCUGGCGAGCUGGAUGCCCUCUGUGGAUGAAAGAUGUAUCAUGGAAUGAACCCGAGCCAUGGAGAUGGAUUUCUAGAGCAGCAGCACCAGCAGCAGCAGCAGCAACCUCAGUCCCCCCAGAGACUCUUGGCCGUGAUCCUGUGGUUUCAGCUGGCGCUGUGCUUUGGUCCCGCACAGCUCACGGGCGGGUUCGAUGACCUCCACGUGUGUGCUGACCCAGGCGUCCCUGAGAAUGGCUUCCGGACACCCAGUAGCGGGGUCUUCUUUGAAACCUCGGUGACCCGGUUUCACUGCCAGGAUGGCUUCAAGCUGAAGGGCUCUACCAAGAGACUGUGCAUGAAACAUCUGAACGGAACCCUAGGUUGGAUCCCAAGUGAUAAACCCGUCUGUGUGCAAGAAGAUUGCCGCAUCCCACAAAUUGAAGAUGCUGAGAUCCAUAACAAAACCUACAGACAUGGAGAUAAGCUAAUCAUCGCUUGUCAUGAAGGAUUCAAGAUCCGUUACCCCGAUCUGUACAACACAGCCUCACUGUGUCGCGAUGACGGGACCUGGGAUAACCUCCCCAUCUGUCAAGGUUGCCUGAGACCUCUAGCCUCUUCUAACGGCUACGUGAACAUCUCCGAGUUCCAGACUUCCUUCCCAGUGGGGACUGUGAUCGCUUAUCGCUGCUUCCCUGGAUUCAAACUCGAGGGGUCCGAGUAUCUCGAGUGUUUGCACAACCUUAUCUGGUCGUCCAGCCCACCCCGGUGCCUUGCUCUGGAAGUUUGUCCACUACCUCCCAUGGUGAGUCACGGAGAUUUCAUCUGCCACCCGCGGCCUUGCGAGCGCUACAACCACGGCACCGUGGUGGAGUUCUACUGCGACCCCGGCUACAGCCUCACCAGUGAUUACAAGUAUAUCACCUGCCAAUAUGGAGAGUGGUUCCCAUCCUACCAAGUCUACUGCAUCAAAUCAGAGCAAACGUGGCCCAGCACCCACGAGACCCUUCUGACCACGUGGAAGAUUGUGGCGUUCACAGCAACCAGUGUGCUGCUUGUGCUGUUGCUCGUCAUCCUGGCCAGAAUGUUCCAGACUAAGUUCAAGGCCCACUUUCCUGCCAGGGGACCUCCCAGGAGUUCCAGCAGUGACCCGGACUUUGUGGUGGUGGAUGGCGUGCCUGUCAUGCUCCCGUCCUAUGACGAGGCUGUGAGUGGCGGCUUGAGUGCCUUAGGCCCCGGGUACCUGGCUUCUGUGGGCCAGGGCUGCCCAUUACCCGUGGAUGACCAGAGCCCCCCAGCUUAUCCUGGCUCAGGAGACACGGACACAGGCCCAGGGGAGUCAGAAACCUGUGACAGCACCUCAGGCUCUUCUGAACUGCUGCACAGCCUGUAUUCAUCGCCCACGUGCCAAGGGGGUGCCCGCCCCACUCCUGACAACCCAGACACAGUCGCUGCCACGGCGGGAGAGGCGGCAUCUACCAGCCCAGGCAUUGACAUCGCUGACGAGAUCCCUCUGAUGGAAGAAGACCCCUGAGUGGGGAAAAAAAAACUCCGGCCAUCCUACUGCCCUUCUGGGGAAAGGAAUUUUGCCCGUUGGGAUGAAGCCACUAAUGGACAGAGCUUAAGGCCACAAGGCACCUAUGUGGGGACAGUGAUGCCUGCAGCCAUCUCAGACUCAGUGGCCAUGCUUUCCAGUGAGACUCUUGAGGACCAGACAAGGAUGGACAGCCAGAGGCAGCAGGAAAAGCCCCAUGCGUGGUUCUGGAGGGAGGUGCCCAGCAUGUCUCAUGCUGUGGAACGGGGCAGUGGACACCAGCCCACAUCUCACAUCAUUCCCCCACCAUUUGCUCCAUCUCGCCUGCUCCCCACCCCUCUGAAAGCAUGUCGCCUUCUGUAAAUUUGCUUCUCCCACCUGCUGCAAGCCACCUCUGGACUUCUGGUUUGAAUAGCCCAGUCUCUGCGGGUGUUCUUGGCCUGGCCUCUGCAAGCACAAGGCCCCAAGAAGGAGACUUCCGUGUGACUCUUGGGUAGUCUCCUUCCAUCUGCAUGGCUCCACUCCAAGCCAGCCUAAAAGCAGGACAUGGCAGUUCCAAUGAGAAAGGGAUGGAGAGAUGGGCUGACCCUGCUUUCCAGAAACUUCAACAUGAAGCAGAAUUCGUGUGCCCUGCUCUGGGCUGUAGUGGCCCAUCAUCAGUAUUUGUGUUCAUGGUGUGUGCCACACAGGCCUAGGAUAUGGAACUGGUCUUGUGACUUGAUGUGUGGUUCGGACAUGUUGGGAUACGCCCCGGUAUGAGACCAUAGGCUGUUGUGUUUUACAUUAUAAACUCUGCACUCAGCUGUGGGUCUCCAAGACAGGAGCCCCUGCCCAGGUUGCUGGUCCCACAUUGAAACCAUAACCAUGCUUUUAUUUGCCAAAGCAGAAAUUGCUUCUGUAAACAUGUUCUGCCUUCA